AUGGCACGCAAGACUUUGCGUGAGACCCCCGUCGACACUGCUCUUGCCUUCAGCUUCGCCCGUACCAACCAGCUUAGUGAGUUGGAGGACUUCCUACGCACAUCCAACGUUGCCGACAUUGAGGCUUCUGGUGACAAGGCUUAUGAGGAGGGCUUCCAUGAGGCUGCCAAGAUCUUCUUCACCAGCAUCUCCAACUGGGCCAAGCUCGCCACUACUCUUGUUCACCUCGAGGAUUACCAAGCUGCUGUCGAGUGUGCCCGCAAGGCCAACAGCGUCAAGGUCUGGAAGCAAGUCAACGAGGCUUGUGUUGCCAAGAAGGAGUUCCGUCUCGCCCAGAUUUGUGGUCUCAACUUGAUCGUUCACGCCGAAGAGCUCCAGGAUCUGAUCAAGCAAUACGAGCACAACGGCUACUUCGACGAGCUCAUCUCACUUUUGGAGGCUGGUCUUGGUCUCGAGCGCGCUCACAUGGGCAUGUUCACUGAGUUGGGUAUUGCCCUCUCCAAGUACCACCCCGAGCGUGUCAUGGAGCACCUCCGUAUCUUCUGGGGCCGUAUCAACAUUCCCAAGAUGAUUCGUGGUUGCGAGGAGGCUCACUUGUGGCCUGAACUCGUAUUCUUAUAG